CCUUCACAGGUAAGUGGGGGUAUGGAGGCACAACAGACUCAGAGUCCCUUCCAUGGGAUUCAAGGUAACCCUGCUGAGGGACAUAGGGAAAGUCAGGGUAUGAUGACAACACCAGAACAGAGACCGAUGCCUCAGCCUCAAGCUUUGAGGGAGUUAUCAGCCCCUAGAAUGACCAGUCCACGUUUUUCUGUGCCUCAGCAGCUUAAACCGGACAUGGAACUGCAAGCAAGCACAGGUGACCGACAAACAACACAUUCUGCACCUAUACAGGAUUCUGAGGUCUCACCUGCUCUCAAACCUCCAACAUCCCUUAACCAGCUAUUGGACAACACAGGUGUUCCAAAUAUGCCUCUUCGCCCUAUGCAGAAUAAUACUGUUAGGGAUGUAAUGGCAAAGGACAGUCCCAAGUCUGUUUUGGAUUCAGACAGACAGUCCCAGAGUACAGAUUUGUUGGCCUCUGUUCCUACCACUACAAGUACAAAUGAAUCAGAAGCUAAACCAAGACCUGUCAAUUCAGUUCCUACCAGCAGUCCCAACUUGCUGUCUGCUUCAAUUCCCAGCUCAUACCCUAGCGCUAUCAUAAACUCCACUACUACUCCCAGCCUUAAUCAGAUCCCAGCCCCAAGUCAUGGUGUCAAUUCCAGUCAGAAUGUAAACCCAAUAGCUACUCUCAAUACCACCCUCAGUGGUAACACUAAUACCACAUCGAGUGUAGGCCCCCAUCUUGUCUCGUUCAGUCAGAGCGGUUCUGUCUCAGCUGUAAGUACCAGUUCUAACUACAGCUCUGUUCUAACCCCAGUCACAAAUGCUUUAAAAUCAAACCCUAGUUCUAAACCUGUGACAAGUGUUCACUCUGUUAUACAGAUCCCUGCAUCUUCUAGCACCAUAUCCCCCAAUCAGAUAACAGUUUUUGUCACUUCCAACCCCAUCACAUCUGCCCCCACUUCCCAGACACCCACAUCUAUGGUAUCAACUAUGAUGGCUGUUCCUAACAAGAACAUUAGGCCUCAGGACAUCCGACAACAGACCCCCGUCCCUCGACCUCAGUUCAUUGCUACCACCCCUGUAUUUAUUAACCCAAUAUUCCAGGUACCAAGUGCAUCUGUGGCUCCCAGUACCUCAGUGGUUUCACAGCCUGUGACCAUGGUGGGGUCAAUCCAAGUGUCAACCACAAACAUUCAACUUUCAUCUUCCCCAAUCUUUACCCAGAGCUCCUUGGGGGUUAACAAGACCAGCACUCAGCCUACCAGAAGUGCUGCUGGACAGAUCCAGAUUGCCAGUACUAUGCCCUUGUCCUCUCCUCAAGUAGGUACUGCCACAGCUCCUCAACAAAUUAACCAAGGGAUUCUUAAAAUGGAAAAUCUAGGUGAGGCAGGCUCUGCUCAGAGAGCCACUCCUCCAGUUCAACAGCCAUCUCUUCAUCCAACUCCUUCAGCUUCUUCUCCUUUCCAGCCACCCAUGGCUUCUCCACCCCCCUGCUCUAGUCCUGGGGCUGUAAACACCAUUCGAAAGACCACUAUGUCUCCUUCUCCCACUGCCCAAUUGAAAAAUAAACCUGCACAAGUAGCUGUAUCUGUUUCUGGUACAGCGGACUCACUGCAAAAUCCUGUGGAAAAGUCUGUGCAGGGGCCUACUGUGGCUGUGCCAGCUAAGGUCUUUCUUCCUCCUGCCAGUCCUGCUACUCAGAUAGAAGUAACGAUGUCCCGUCCUAUUGCUGCUGCUCCAAACAACAUUUCUCUACCUGCACACUCCUCUCCAAUCCCCGUUCCUGGCCAAGUUGCUGUACCUACUCAGAUUGUUAGCCAGAUUACCAUUCCUGCACCAGCUCCAGUGCCGGGCCCAGCCCAGACUGUAAGUUCUCAAGCUCCUGUUGUCAAUAUAGUUGGUACGACCACAAACGUCACCUCUGCUACUUUAGUUUCUACGGUCACGCCUGUGCAAAGUCCCAUACCAUCCAUCGUUCCAAUUGUUGUUGCACCUGGGCCUGCCCAGGACAUUGCCCCUACCACAAGGUCUCCAGUUGCUACUCCCAGUGGAGUUACACCAGUUCAGUCUGACCCCCCGGCCAUGGAGCCUCCUACGCCUUCAGUGGCAGCACCUCAUGAAUCCACUCAGACAACUGCAGCACCCGUUCAGCAAGAUGUCCCACAGUCACAAGAACCUGUUGCCAGUGAGAAGACGAGUGAAGAGGUCUCAACAGGACAAGGGUCUUCUGAGCAAGGAUGGGCAAAGAAAAGAAAGACGCCCAUCAACUUAGUCCCAAGAGCUGCAGUGGAGAAGCCCAAAGGACCGAGCAGACGCAGCUCCCGGGCAGAGAAGGAGGUGGAGGAGGAGCCAGUAGCAGACAGCGGCAUUAGGAAGAGAUCAGCCAGGCCUGGAGCCAGUGCUGCUGUGAAAGAAACUGGAGCGAGCCCCACCCAAGCCAAACGAAGGAAGUCUAAAUAGGCACAAACGCAGUCGUGGCAACCUGUGAACUGUACUGUAAAUGCUCUAGUUAUCCGCUGUGAAUCAUUUGAAUAUGGGUCUCUCUCCCUCUCUCUCUCUCUCUCUCCCUCCCUCUCCCCCUCUCUCUCUCUCUCUCUCUCUCACUCCCGGAUCAUGAAUUACCGUCAGAGGAGGAAACCAUGUACAGAUUGUUUUAAAAAGAAUGAUGCUAUUGUUUUGUCCCUGCUAUUAUUUUUAGACUGUAGUUAGGAUGCGUGCAUACAUUAUGUGUUUGUGUGAAUGUGCUUUUUAUAUUAAAUGCUGGAUUAAUCAUGUGAAAACUGAUAAUGGAGCUUGUUAUGAUUGUAUAAUUAUGCUGUAAAACUGAAUUAAAUUUUUUUACUGCUUUUUGUUCUGUGAAACUCAAUGAUGUGUUUCUUAUGGCCCCUGUGUUUUUUGUGGGCAGAGAUGCAGAUCUAUACAAUCAUGAGUUGAAGGUUCCUUACAGUCAUUUUCUAUAAGCAAGUUGUGAUUGUAAAAGUACCACACAUUUCUGGAAUGAUAUUUUACAGGUGUGCAAGUGUUUUUUAAUGAUCUAUUUUAGUCGUUUCUGGCUUGGUGGUACGUUUUAUGAUUUUUAAUUCGACGCCUUGAGGUUUUCAUUUAAAAAAAAAAAAAAAAAAAAAAUGCUUUAGCAUUUCCAAUAAAUUUGAAUUUGAAGUCUUAACUGGGAUAUAUUUUUAAAAGAAAAAAGAAUCAGUUUUUUAUUUGAGUAUUAGGAAAACGGUCCGAAGGUCUGGGGGUUGUAGGGUGUAAAAAAUAUUGAUAAAUAUAAAAUAAUAAAUGCCCAGAAAGACAUAAUAUUACCACAAAGUCAUCCAAGAAUACCCUAUAGAGACAAUAUGACUUAAGAAGACACACAAAAUGUACAGGAAGGAGCUAAAUUGCCACACAUAAUGUGUCCUUAUUAGCCGCUAGUUCUCAUUUACACGAUCCUAAUGAUGUGGUUUUUAUAUGUCCAGUUACUUGCUUGUACUUGCCUUUGCUCUUUGUUUUUAUCUGAUGUGAAGUUGUCCGAGCAUUGUUCAAAAGCACUAUAUGAAUAAAUUUUAUUAUUACGUCUA